CACUGUUUAAGGAGGAGGAUCAGCAGGUUGGUUCCUUGACUGGGUGGAGAUUGACGCCCCGUCUCUGGGACAGAAACAGCGCUUCCCCUGUGGUCGUUGGUUGGAUAAAGGGGAGGAUGACGGGGCAAUCAUCAGGGACCUUUUCCCAAAUCCUCUUCAGACAGAGUUUUACACGCCUUGUAAAUCACAGUGUUCUUUUCACCUUAAAUAUCAAAUAUAUUUGUCACUUGAUGCACAUAAUUGGUUAUGAUAAUAUUUUUUUCUUUUAUAGUUGUUCCCUAUGAGAUUAAAAUCUUCACGAGUGACGUGUUCGGAGCCGGCACAGAUGCAGAUGUCUUCAUUGCGCUGUAUGGGCGAGAUGCCGUGUGUACACAGCAGAAGGCUCUGUGUGUCAACAAGAGAGAGAGGAGGAUGUACUUUGAGAGAGGAGCUGAGGACAUGUUUAUUGUUGAGCUAGAAGACGUGGGGGAUGUAAUUGAGAAGAUCCGUAUCGGCCAUGACAACCGUGGGGUUAACCCGGGCUGGCAUCUGGACAGGGUGGAGAUCAGACGUCUUCUCAGGAAAGGAAAGGGUUCAGAGACUGUCAUCUUCCCAUGCGAGUGCUGGCUUGCCAAGUCGGAGGAUGAUGGAGAAACAGUGAGAGAGCUGGUGCCGUCUGACAUCAUUACUGAGAAACUUUCACGAGAUGGAAGUCUGAAAUUGACUGAAGUCGAGGUGGAAGAUGCCCUGGAGACUCACACAUACAAAGUGUCAGUGAUGACAGGUGAUGUGUAUGGAGCCGGCACCGACGCCAACGUCUUCCUCACAAUUUACGGGGACCUGGGCGACACCGGAGAGAGGAAACUCAGCAAGUCAGAGACAAACAGCAACAAAUUUGAACGAGGAUCUGUGGAUAAGUUUACUAUGGAGGCAAUCGACCUCGGACAGGUUUUCAAGAUAAAAAUCCGCCAUGAUAACAGUAUGGUGAGCGCCGACUGGUACCUGGACCAGGUGGAGGUGGUAGACGUGGACACGGAGGAGGUCUUCCUCUUCUUAUGUGAACGCUGGCUCUCCAGGAAGAGGGAGGACAGACGCAUUGAGAGAGUCUUCUACGUCAAGGGUUAUGAAGGAGUGAGAGAGAGCCUAAACAGUAAAAAGAAGAACUCAGCUCUGAUAGUGAAGAGUGUCGACAGUAACAUGAACAAAAAGAACAAGAAGAAGAAGGAUGAGGAAAUUGAGCUCCCGCUCAUACCAUACCACAUCACCAUCUGUACUGGUAUGGAGCGGGAUGCGAGCACCACCAGCAGGGCUUAUGUGAUCAUUAUCGGGGCCAAUCACACCCAGACAGAGAGGUUGUGGCUGGACCUGCCAGAUGGGAGGAAGGGCUUUGAGGCCGGUUCUCUGGAGAUCUUGGAGUCCCACGGUGCAGACGUGGGGGAUAUCAAAAAGGUCGAGCUCGGCCAUGAUGGGGGCACUCCUGAGAGCUGCUGGCUGGUUGAUGAGCUGUCUGUUGCUGUGCCAACCAAAGGGGUCAAAUACAUCUUUGCUUGCAAGUGCUGGCUGGCCAAAGAUCGAGGAGAUGGGUUGACUGCAAGAGUAUUCAACGUGCUGGAUGCAGAGGCCAUUUCCAUCUCCCAGAAGAUCAUUUAUGAAGUGACGGUGGUAACAGGAGACGUGCAAAACGCAGGAACAGACACCCAGAUCUUCAUGUCUGUGUUUGGGGCCAACGGCAGCACAGAGGAGAUGCUGCUGCAGAAAAAUGAGGACAGGUUUGAGCGAGGUCAGGAGGACACUUUCAACAUGGAGAUCGAUGACAUUGCCCCACUGAGGAAGAUGAGGCUUCGUAUUGAUGGCUCUGGCAGUCGACCUGACUGGUUUCUGGAUAAGGUGAUCAUGCGUAACCUGACCACGGAGGAGGUGUCUGUGUUCACCUAUGAGGAGUGGCUGUCCAGGACACGUGGACCCAAGAGGACUGUGAUCUGUGAGAUGGCUGCUGUGGUGGACGAGGAGCUGAUGGUGGAGCUCACCACCUACAUCAUCCAGGUCAAGACCAGUGAUAAUACCGGAGCGGGCACUGAUGCCAAUGUGUGGGUCAUCAUUUUUGGGGAGAACGGAGAUACGGGGACACUGGCACUGAAAGAAAGCAGCAAGUCCAACAAGUUUGAGCGCAAGCAGGUGGACACAUUUCGCUUCUCAGACAUCCUCAGCCUCGGAGAGCUCUCCAAAGUACGAGUCUGGCACGACAACACAGGUCCGGCUCCUGGAUGGCAUUUGGAGUACAUUGAUGUGAAGGAUGAGCUCAUGGACAAAACGUUUCGUUUCCCCUGUGACCGCUGGCUUGCCAAGAAUGAUGAUGAUGGACAGAUAAUGAGAGAGCUGGCCUGUGCUAACAACGACUACUUAGACCUCAAUGAGAAGACCAAAUAUGAAAUUUGUGUCACAACUGGAGACAAGUCUGAGGCUGAAACCAAAGAAAAUGCCUGGAUUGUACUUGAGGGGAAGAAGGGGCGAUCAAAAGAAUUUGUAAUGGAGAACUCCUCAAAGAAGAAGAGGUUCUUACGGGGAAAUGUUGACAGGUUUGAGUUUUCGUCCAAGAACCUGGGCGAUAUUGCUGGUAUCUGCCUGGGCCACACACCCAAGGAUGGAAAGAAAGUAAAGGGGGAGGUUUACUGGCGUGUGGAGGAAGUCGUCAUCACUGAAAGGGAACUGGGAAACAAGUACAUCUUCAGUUGCAAUGCCCUCAUCCCUCUCUCUCCGAAGAGGGAUGAUUUCUUGACCUUUGAGUGCACAAAGACAAUUGAGAGUUUUGCCAGUAAAGCACGAAGCCUGGUGCCCGUCAAGUAUGAGAUCAUCGUCAUCACAGGUGAUGAGAAGGGAGCAGGUACAGAUGCCAAUGUUUUCAUCACUGUCUAUGGCUCCAACGGAGACUCAGGCCGCCGGCAGCUGCGACAGAAGUUUCGCAACCUUUUCGAACGUGAGCAGACGGACCGUUUCCUGCUGGAAAUGUUGGACAUGGGAGAGCUGCAGAAGGUUCGGGUGGAGCACGACAACUCUGGUCUGAGCCCCGGCUGGCUGCUGGAUCGUGUGGAAGUCACAAACACAGCCAACGGUGUAACCACCAUCUUCCUCUGUGGGAAGUGGCUGGACACUAAGAGGGCUGACGGGCAGAUCACCAGAGUCCUCUACCCGAAAUACUAAAGUAUUAUCUCUAAACACUCCCACAGCAGAGAGAUCCACCCUCAGGUUGAAAAGUAAUGACCAAAGAGACUUUGCUCUGGAGACUUUUACUUCUCAGGAAUUGAGACAGAUUUUUACAUCCAUAGUUUUUUAAAAUUAUAUUAUAGUUAGAUGUUUAAUACUACCUGAGAAUACAGCCUGAAAUGAAAUAUUGUGACAAUAUCUUGAAUGUGCCAUUCUUUUUAAAUUUCAUGUCAGGGAUAGUUUGCGUAGCUGCUUUGUUAUAACAGAGGUUUUAUAAAAGAUUAAAAUCUUUUGUAAUGCUCAGACUCCCAGUUUCCAACCUGUUUGUCUCAGUGAUGGAUCUAUACAAAUAUCAAACCCUACAUGGGUUUUUCUUUUUCUACAACAGCAUAGACUCAAUUUGUUUAUAGUAACAGUGGAUCAAAUGUCUAUGCAUGAUUUGAAAUAGACUCUUGUUGAUGACCCCACAGAGAUUGAGCUCUACAGAGCAUUUUACUGACUUUCAGCUCAGUGUUUUGGUUUAGUGGCCUGCAGCUCUGUUUUAGUUCAAUCUCACUGUCGUUAUCAAACCAUCACAGCAGGAAGCUGUUUUCAGUGGAAAAGCUCUGAUUACCUCACUGUAGACUCAGCCACAGAUUUAUAUUCAUCAGGUGGCCAGAAACACAAGGUCAUAAUAUAUCAGCAUUGUGUUUACUUCAUCCACUCCACCCUCAUAAAAAAACAGUCAUUGCUGCUUUGAUCCUGCAAUCAAUCAGUCUUGCAUUUUCGGCCAGUUGUGAGAAGCGGAAAAAAGCUGUAAAUACAAUAUUAUCACCUUCUUUAUUUAGUUUAUAUAACAUACCUGUUAAACAGUUGCCUAUUUACACAUCUAAUAAUUGUGGACCAACUUUCUUCCAUCAUUCUUUCUCUUUUCUUUCUUUUUGUUCUGUUUUUGGUGUCAACUCUUACAGGGAAUCUUUGCCUCUUUAGCUGCUAAAGCCAGAGUAGUGACAGUGAACCAAAACAGUAAAGUUGUUUGCUGAAAAACCAAAAUGAUUUACUGAAAGUUUCUAUAAAGGUCUAUAAAGAACUGAAGAGAAUCUGAAUUUUAGAAAAAUGUGCAUAAAUCGAUCCCCAAGACAUAUAAAGGCUGCAUUUUAACCUAACAGCAGCCACUUAAGUGUCAAAAGGUCAAAUUAUAUUCACAUCUUGGGAGAAAAGUUGAGACCAUUAAAGAUGCAAAUAUAGAGGUCAAAAACAAGUCUAUUUUAUCCAAUUUAUUACAAAAAGAGCACAUACAAAAGGAUAAUAUACAAGCCAUGAAAUAAAAUUAAAAUUAAAAAACAAAACAGAACAGUUUGGGUUUAGCAAUGCAACUUUUGAAAUCAUUAUCAUUAUUAUUAGUAGUAAUAAUAAAUAAAGUACAAAAUUCCACCAAAUGUGAAUCUAACAUUUACCCAUAAUAUGCUCAUCCAUUUCUUCAUCAACACACUCAUCACCAUUAAUGCGCUAUUGCUUUAAUAUUAAUGAUAAAUAGUUCUAUUUUCAGAUAAAAUAUCCUAUAUUGAAAAACAUUGCGCAGUCACAGCUAAACAGCAGAUUUUCAUACAAGGAUGGCGGCAGCCCUUUCACUGGCACUUUUUGGGAUUUUCUCUUCAGUUUUGUUUUUCAGAUUCAAGCAGCAACAAAAUUAAUAUUUUUUUUUCUGUUAUAUUUCUUUGUAUAUAUUUUCACCAUAUACUAUUAAACCAUUGAGACUAUAUUGAAACCUGAGAAAACAUGCAUUUUUAGAAAAGGUUGUGCUUUAAAAUCCUUGCCUUCCUUUUAGACUGUGAAAGGAAACAGAGGAUAGAUUCUGAGAGGAGGGAUGGACGGUAAAAUAAAAUAAAAAAAGCAGUGGAGAGAAUAGGAGAUAGAAGAUGAACAGAAUAGAGACAUGAAGUAAAGGAAGAUGACUGUAAUAUUUGUAAAGCCCACAGUGAAACAUGCCUCUUUGUAGUCAGAACUAUUUCCACAGUAUGUGAUGCUUCAGUCCUACAAACCGACAGCUCUUUUGGACAGUUUGACUUGAAUUUUUGAGGAAAAUGGCUUUUGUAGACACCUGUCAAAUGUUGUCUUAGCACUUUCAUGACCCAUCCUUUUAAUUAAUUAUGCAACCAAUAAGGCAUGGUGGCUUCAUGGAUUGAUUGUUACGUAUUAAUGGUGUCAGUAAUAUGGAAAUAUCUCCUAACACUUAAAGCGAGGCACUUGUUAUGCUUAAGUCUACAAACUAUUCUGGAAAAAGAACUGAAGAGAAACACCAGAGAGAUGAAACGUAAAUGAUAGAUACAAAGAGUUAAAGCGAAGGAACAUGCUUCACGGAUGAUCAUUAUUAAGACCCAUAGUGCAUUGUGAGAAGCAGAGCAUAAAAAGAACAAAAGCCAGAGUUUGUAGUGAUAAUAUUAAAUAAUCUAAACUACCAUUUUUUUUGCCAGUGAGAGGGUUCCCAUAUUUUAACAAGUGAGUGCAAAACAAAAAAAAGAAAGAAAUCACAAACUAAAACCAAUUCACUUCAUUGCAGUUUGUCCACUACAUCACAGCAUGGGGGAUCAGAGAAAUUGCAUUGAAUGGAAUGUAACCAAGAUCCACAGCACCACAUGAGAUAGAUUGAGAGAGAGAGAGAGAGAGAGAGAGAGAGAGAGAGAGAGAGAGAGAGAGAGAGAGAGAGAGAGAGAGAGAGAGAGAGAGAGAGAGAGAGAGAGAGAGAGAGAGAGACAUAGAGAUAGACUGAGAGAGAGAGAGAGAGAGAGAGAGACAUAGAGAUAGACUGAGAGAGACGGAGAGCAGGCUCAGUAGCUCAGCCUUGGACAGUAAACAUCGCACAGCCAGCUUGUGGAGAUCAAACAGCAGGGCUAAUUUUUUUUUCUUUAACUUUUAGUGUUCCAAAAAGUACAACUGCAUGCAAAGCAUUCCCAUUUAAAACAAUGCAAAAAUGAGGUAAUAGUUUUUUUCAUAGCAUUUUUGUGUUAUUUCUAAAUAAAUAAAUUAUGAUUCAGUCGCCCCCAAAAAACUAUACAAAAUUAAAUACAUACCCACAAUAUCUACAGUUAGUAAUAAAUUAUGAUUGUUAAAUACUUAAGGCAUCUCAACUGACAACACCCUGUGUAAACUAUGAAAACUUCAUCACAGAUGACUCCACUACAGGAGGAGGCAGUGUCAACACUGGCAGUGCACAAGACAGGGAGAAGUAAUCGUUGUUGAUUGAUCCUUGGCCCACGAGGCUGAAAGAGACUCUGGGCCAAAUCUUAUCCUUUACUAUCACAGUGCAUAGGACAGUGAGGGUCCUAAAGGCAGCCAUUAACACACAGCCCUGUGGAGCUGAAAUGAUGAGGCGACACGUAGGGAAAAAAAAAAAAAGAAGAAGUGAAAAUUGGUGAGACCACGACUUCUUUUAACAGCCUGAACGUUUUCCUGCUGUCGUGUCAUCUCGUGUCUGUGUGCACUGUGAGAGGGAGGCUGCCUCCGUCGCACCACGUUCUACAUGUUCUAGCAAUACAGCAUAGCAACCAGCAUAGCAACCACGAGGGGAGGUCUGUCACACAAAUACACAAGAUCAAUACGCAAGCUCCUCUCUCUGCUGAAACACUGCAUGAAUCUAUACCUAAAUAUAAACCAACGCAAAUGCAAUACCAAGGAAAAAAAAACUUUUGUUGCUGUAACUAUUGUCACAUGUGCUUGUUCUUUAGGCAAUAAGGUUAACAUCGAAAAGAGGAUCCCAUCGUUGCACCCAAAGGGGACAAGAUGAACACACGCUACAAGUCAGGGGAGCAGCCACUGACACCGUGCUCAUUUUUUUGUUUGUUUGUUUGUUUGUUAGUGUUGAGAAGAUAGUCACAGCUCAGAUUAACUAAGUCAUGCACAGCCAUCUCUGUACCUUUUUAAAUUGAAGUAACGCUACCAAAGCUAACAGCCCAAGUCGACGAUGAAACAUGCAUUUUUAGUACACACUGUUCUGCCACUGGCCCUGCGCCAGAUGAAGAUGCAGGUACAAGGGUAGCUAAAUCUUCCUCCCACCUCAUUCUGCGGUGCAUGAUAGUUUCCUUUUUUUCAUCCCUUUUUUUUUUGGCUUUGUGUUGUAUAAGCACUCCAAUGGCCAUGCUAUUAACCUACAGUGAGUCAAGGUGUUGCCUGAAACCCUUUAAACACACGCACAUUUGCACUUUUUGAACACCCACACCUUUGUUAGACACAUUCUUGAAGUCACACACAGCAGGGCAGAGCACACACAUGUGAACCUGCACGUCAGGUUCAAGCUACACUGUGACAAAAUGCAUUUUGGUAAAACACUUUCUACCUAUUUUUUAAAUUUUAAACACACAACAACUCGAUCACUGGGCUCGGUUGUCUGCGGCAGUGAAAGAGAGACCUACUCACAUGACACCAUCUCACAUGACACCAACCCAAGGUAAAUGUACAACUGUAUUGCAAAAUGUCAAAGCUGCAUGAUAGAAUUAAAACAUCAGGUAGCUGGCGCUUGUCCCCAAGAAGGCGACAUUGCACCAGAUAUCACUUGUUGGUUACUGCUACUCUACUACGACCACAAAUGAUCUUUAGGUAAACAUGGCAUCAGAGCAUUUAGUUUCUGUUAAGCUUUCUUAUGUGGCAGAAUAUUCAUUUUUGAUUGAAGUGUGUUUAAAAAGAGAGAAAUGUAAGAGAGAGAGAGAGAGAGAGAGAGAGAGAGAGAGAGAAAAGAGAGAAAGUAGCCAGCUCAGUGUGGGGUUAUGUGUUUUCCACUCUCAGGACAUUAAGUCAUGGCUUUAAGGACAUGCUACACAGCCCGGGGCUACCUACAAGUACAACACCACAACAGCAACAACACCCCACUAUUGACCAGCAAGCUACAAGUAAACCCUGUGUACAUGAGUGUGUGUGUGAGUGUGUGUGUGUGUGUGUGUGUGUGUGUGUGUGUGUGUGUGUGUGUGUGUGU